AUGCCAGCCUCAAAGCGGAUGUCUUCAUCAGACCCUGGCGACAUUUGGCGUCGUGAAGAAUACAGGAUCAAGAAGCUGUACAAGAAACACUCUGUGAAGGAUUUGAAGCGUAUCAUGGAAAAGAAUGGGGCUUUCCCGGAAAGGGCUGUCCCAACCUGGAUUGAAAACCUUGGCAAGCUCGACAUCCGGAAGAAUGUCACAUCGGAAGAAUGGCGGAAGAUUUACCGACACGUCGUUCCAAGGCUCGAGAAUCCGGCUCGGCAGAAAGGUGACCUCAAACUGAAAAGGACCAAGAAGGAGACCGAGAUUAUCGUCAGAGGCAGAAAAUACACUUGGGACCAGGCUUGGAAGAACAUGAAGAGUGCGAAGGCUAUAGGUCAAUUGCCACAGCCGGAAGAGGCUCUCAGCCCAUUGCCUCCCGACAUCGUAAUCCGCACACCGACUCUAACCUCGCCGCCUUUCCUUGCAGUCUCCCGUGACGAUAUCCGAGAAUCAUCUCUCAGCACCAUCGAUCCACCGGCAAAUCGUCCCGCUUCCGGUGGUCGUGCCAUCAUCUGUCGACCAUUACACAACCCCACAGGCGAUGAAGCGAUUCCCCUCGUGCCAGCUUGGGCUGUCAUUCACUACACCAUCGAUAUUGCAAAUACGCCCAGGCCGUCCGAAACAUAUCUACAAUACUUCCGGCAAGACUCGGAUUCAACCUUUCCGUCAGCCAAUCUGCCAGCCGUCCACGAUGCAACAGAUCAUGCAGCUUACAGGGAGCUUAGAUGGAAUGUCACCCAUCAAUAUCUGUCUGCGAUGUUUGGGCAUCGCUCAACUGCCCUCGCAUCAUUUACAAGUCUCAACAACAACUAUGUUCUACUUUUCACUGUUAUUUACAUUCUUUCUAACAAUAUCAUGGGUUUUGAUUAUGAUCAUUACCGCUUUCACCGGAGAAGCCUUUACCACGACAUAUUUUCCAAGCUGGAUUUGGUUUUCGCAGCUGUGCCUGGCAAGUACCUUGAAGACCUCCUACACAGCCGCCUAGCCAGCAUCAGGGCGGCAUUUGAGGCCCUUAUCAUACUAUCUGGACGCCAUAAACAGCCGCAAGCCUUCAAAACUUUGAUAGUACUUGGGGCUUCUUACGGGUGGCUGGCCGUUUCUGCGAAAGCCCAUGAGUUCCUAAUAUUCGCUGCCUCCAUGGACCUGAUCUGCUCCAUGCAGACACUUCUCGAUAAUGGAUGCCGUCCGGACUCUUUGCUAAGUGACAAAACUUAUCGUUGGAGCACAACCGCGAUCGUUGAGGCAAUGAAAUGUGAGAACUUUCGCUGCGCGCACCUGCUCUUGAAACACUGCGACGUCAACAAAGCGAUUCAGCCCCACGGAUUUGCGACAAACUUCGAUUACUUUCUUCUGCAUUUUCAUGGCUGCGGAAAUAUUUUUCACAGAGGUCUGAAGUUAUUUGUACAAGCGGGCGCCAAUCUAGAUGCCAACACACCAGUCUUUCAAUCUUCACGGUACAUGAUGCUGCGGUCAUCACAUCUAUUUCGUCAUCAACGGGACCGUGCAUACCCAAAAGAGCUGGGAUUCUCCGUUAUGGACUAUCUAUUCUACUUUCAUCGGCCACUAUUUCAUGCAUUUGUAUGGGCGUCCGCUCAGGCCCGAGUUGGCCGCCUGAGUAGAGCCGCUGUUCUGCUCUCAUGGCAGGAUGGCACACAGAGACUCGGAGAACACUUGGAUAGUCUGGCUAUUCGAGUCAGCAAAGAGCGGCUAGAAAGAUUUCUGAAGCGGCUUCUGGCUGAGCAAUUUCUCAUUUGCGACUUGCAAGGCCGAAAGAGAGUCACAGACCUGGAAGCAGUGCGCGCGCUGGUGAACUUUGGUGUCAGCAUUAAGGAGGUGCUGUGCGAUUUCCCUCGCCUUCUGGAACGAUUCACAGAAUUAGUUGGAAGGGACUGCCCUAAACACGAGGUGGAGGCUGUGCAGUAUCUCAUCGAUAAUGGGGCAACUGUGAACGGCAAGGUCUUGUCAUGGUUGGUUCGACUGCCUGACACACGCCUUUUCGAUAUUGCACGAGGCGGCAUUGAGGAUACGAGAGAAUUGCAAAUCGCUCUCAUAGAUGCAGCAGCCAGAAACGAUUUUGACGCAGUCGAGGAACUGGUCCAGACUGGAGUCAAUCUCGAUGCUGAUAUAAAACCCAGCGCGAACCGGGGAGUUCACGUGAACCCGGGAGACUAUGUGAUUUUGAGAAAAAUCGCCGCGCAACGCCGAAUCAGCUUAAUUGCCAACGUCAUAUGUUCAUGGAAUCCAAAAGUGGGUGACCUUCCAAAGAUGCUCGACUUCCUGGUCAGUAAAGGGGCGCCCCUUCGGCUUUCGACGAGGAGGACCCAUUUGUACCACUUGUUGCGAUAUACGAUGGUUAGAUUUUGCUUAUUCGACAGCCAAAGCGUGCUGGGAAUAGUGCAGUACAUUGUCGGCGUGGGCUAUGACCUAUCGGCUCCAUCAUGUCGUUCUGCAUCGCUUUUGGAAGAUUGUUACGCUGGAUUUGACGGCAAGAAGAUCUUUGAGUAUUUGCUUCGGAAUGGGGCGCAGCUUCGACCUGGUUCUCCAAUGGCAUCGUGGAUUGGAAUGAACGGUGAAAUCGGGCUUGUUCGAAAAAUGUUAGAAGCAGGCGUCGAUUUAAAUGCCUAUGAUAGACGUCACCACAAGACCGCUUUGCAACUAGCUGCAGAGAAAUUGAGAACGGACGUCGUAGAGCUCCUCCUUCAGGAAGGAGCUGACGUCAACGCGCCGGCCAGAGGGGAAUUUGGAAGAACAGCCCUUCAAGGCGCUUGUGGUGCUGAACCAACAUCAUUGGAUCAACAGCAGCUAAAAUUGAGGACGGUACAAAUUCUUCUCGAUCAUGGUGCUGAUGUCAAUGCCGCUCCAGCACGCACGUGGGGAAUGACAGCGCUGCAAGAGACGGCAAGAUGGGGAGAUAUAGCUAUUGCAAAGUUGUUACUGUCCCGCCACCCCAUGGCCGACGUCAACGCGCCGCAGGGCCAACGAGUGCCUGAUGAGGAUGAUUGGGCUCAGUCAGCUGGUAACGCUCUGGAAUUCGCGGCUCAAUUUGGUCGCAUAGACAUGGUCAAGCUGCUUUUAAGUUACAACGCACUCAGUUACCGCCGGGGUGAGACUGGAUACGAUGGAGCCAUCCUUUUAGCGGAGGAGGAGGGUCACCUUGCGGUCGCAGAUUUGAUACGCCAGCACACAAAGGAUGCUGAUAGAUCAGACACCAGAAACCCUUACCUGUCGCAGCCACCAAGGGAUUGGCGUGAGUAUGGCUACAAGCUAGGCCCAGAGGAGGAUUCUGAAUAUUCAGGGGAGGAGAAAGAUCCACGAGGGGAGACAGAUUCAGGGGACGACACAGAUUCAGAAGAGGACAAAGAUUCAGGAGUUUGGUCAAAUCCAGCCAACUGGACAUAUGAAAGAGAACAGACAGAUCCAGGAGAGGAGAAAGGGUUCACUUCAUCAUUGGUUCUCGAUCAGCUGACCCCAUCCGAAGCCUCCUGGAACUUGGAUGUUCAUGACUCAACACAGCCGCUCGCUCAUGACGAAUCGGCCGUCUCAGUCAACGAUAACAAUACGUGGGGUGACUGGGGUGACUUAAGCCUGGCACAUGAAGGAGAACUCAUUGCCAUGGGGCACUCAUUCCAGAACAUGGGUUUUGAAGCCUCCAUGGACUUCGACAUGUGCUUGGACUUUGAUAUCAGACAAAGUGCUUCCGUCCAGUAUGCUGGUCACUGGGUCCCUGAACACGAAGGCGAGCUCAGCUUCUGCAAGUUCGAGAUGUCGCACUCUUUAGCUACUCCGUCUUCCUCACAGAGGAUGUAUACAUCACCGACCGCUGCUCAAACAGACAACACCCCUACGAUCAACCCUCCAACCUCAACCGCCCCUCCACCAUUCGAUUUCCUAGAUCCAGCCUUCGCGAGCAUGAUCGAGGAGGCAGCCCACAGCGUCUCCAUCGAUGACUACACCCGCCCCUUCUGGCAACACUCCGCGUUCCUCGUAAUAAUCGGUAUCUUCGUCGGCAUGUUCCUCCCCGGAAUCCUCCUAGCGAGCGUCGCCAGCUUCGGGCCCAUGAGCCUCGCAAUACGGUGCGGCUGCUUAGGAUCCGGCCCCACGACUUCCGAGUUCACCUGCCCCAGCGCCGCCGUCACCAGGCUCGCCAUCCUGAUCGCUUUUGUCCACGUAGUAGUCGGAGCGGUUUGUGGCUGGGCGGGCCUCAAGAUCGUGGUCCGGACUCGCAAGUACGUGCAUCGGUGGAUGGAGGAACAUGCUGUCAGGAAAGGGGGCCGCAGGGGUCGAGGGGAAGCUUUCAUGAACAGGGCAAGGAAGCGAAUCUCUGAGCACGGCAAAGAGGUCAGGAAGCUGAACGCCGAGCUUGCGCGGGAUCUGAGAUGGCUCAAGAGACACGCUGGGGCGAGCGGGUUGAGCUGGGGGCCAAAUUCGCACGAGACCGCGGUCACCAACUCCACCUCCACGGCCACCGCCGUCAUACUCACCUUUGGAACGGGGAAAGCGCAAGACUAA